UUAGGACAAACUGAUGCUGAACUUCGAAAAGCAAGAACAGAUACUGAGCGUGUUCGUAUUUUACAACAACAACUUCAAUUAAAAGAACAACAAUUAGAAGAUGUUCAAAAGGUGUUGAAUAGUGAACAAACGAAGUUUAGUGAAGAAUGUAGUAAACUACAACAUGAAACACAUGAAAAAUGGAUGGAAGUAAAGCGCUUAGGUCGAGAACUUGAUGGAGCGCGAAAAGAAUGUGAAGGUCUUCGAAGACAAAUAACUAAAUAUGGUAACAGUGAACGUUCAUCACAAGAGAAAACAAUGUAUAAACCAGUACCACAACAUCUAUCUAAUAAUACUGGUGGUCGAGUAUCAAGUGACCCAGAAACUAAUGGAAGCUCUCCACCAAUUCCAAAUCAACAAGGAGAAAAACCGAUCGGUCAUGAACGUAACGACUCGGGUGCUGCUAGUCCAUCUGAAAUGUUCAGAAUUCGUCCACCACUAUUUACCAUGCAACGACCUCCAUUCUUUCCUCCACCGUUUAUGCCUCCUCCACCACCAAAUCCAUUUAUGAUGGGUGCACGAUUUCCAAUGCCACCAAUGGGUGGUCCACAUGGAUUGAUAUCACCUAUUCCACAUAUAAUGACAAAUGGUAGUGGUGCUGGUAGUGAUACAAAUAGUUUUGAAAUUGUUGACCCAUCUAAUAUCACGCCGAAUUCGACUACUUAUGAUGCACAAGCUAAUGGAUCAGCUGUCUCACCUACACCCGAUGGCGAACAACAAGUGUCCGCUAAAGUAAAAAAACCAAAAAAAACUCUGAAAAAAAAGACUAAAACUUCCACAACAACAAUAGCGCCGGGAACGAAAGAGGACGUAUGA